AUGGAUGGCCCACCAUUGCCAGAAGCGGCCCGGCCAGAAGAUGCUGCUAGUUCCAUAUCUCCCGAUGCCGACACCUUGCGGCAGGUAGCGACGCAAUUGGUGAACAACCUUGACCUCCACCAAUGCAGCGUCAAAGAGUGCAGAGCUAAAAUCGCAGCUGCCUGCGGGUUGGAACGGGAUGGAUUGGAGGCACGGAAAGAUGAAAUCAAUAUCUUGAUUCAAGAAGUCGUGGAGUCUCUUGACGCCAAGAAAUCAAGCCAGCCGUCAAGCUGUUGCGAAGAGCUUGGUGUGGAGUCAAAGAACCCGAGGAGGGCUUACUUGGUCACUUUGUCACACACAGACAAAGAAGAGGGCGCUGACGGGCAGAAGUUGGUACCUCCAGGCACUUACACGCGCAUGGAGGUCAGAGACUUUUUCUUGGGCGCCCUUCUCUCCACACAAGCAAACAGAGACCAGCCUCUUGCUUUUACAAGCAUGGCUGUGUUUCAGGAGCGCCAUGCGACGGGACAAAUUCACUAUCACGUUGCCCUGUCAGCUGACAAGUGUUUUCGCUUCGCACCCCUGAAGCGCCAUUUGCUGGCUGCGCACGGGUUAGCCAGCCAUUGGUCUGGAAAAACAGACGGGUAUGCAGGGUGCAUUGCGUAUUGCUAUUUGCCUUCGCCCACUAAGGCGGUGGAGGAAUUGGAUCCAACGCCGGAGCUGUGGCCUUCAAACCACCCGCCUUUGUCUGAAGCGAGCAGAGGGUCAGUGAGUGCGCAGAAGCUGGAAGCGCAUCGGGAGGACCAAAGGCGCAAGCGCGCAGGCAAAGGCAAGGCAGAGCAGCGCGUGCGAGAAGUGGACUUGUGGCCCAUCAUUGUUAGGGAGAACAUUUUGCCCGAUGAGGUUUGCGCAGAAAAGUUGAUGGCCUAUGCCAAGCGCAGCGGUGGCCAAGCGUUGGUGGAGUUUUGCUCUGCCAACUGGGACAAGCUUCCGGGCAUUGUUGCCAAAUCGUGGAAGACGGAAAAAGUUGAGGACUUAGUGGCAGCAGCUUCGCAGAGUCGGCUGGAGAUCCUGGAAGGAGCUUGCAGCGCUCCAUGCACUUGCACGGGCCAGUGGGCCUGCUUUGCUGACGCCAUCCUCUCGCAAAACGGCCACGACCCAGUUGAGUGGCGCAAGGCUGUGAGAGAUUCGCUUGUGGGUGGGCGUUCGAAAGGCACUCUUGUGUGCCACGCAGGUUUUGAAGGAAACGAAGGCAAAAGCUUCUUGUUCCGCCCUUUGCCGUUGGUGUUUGGCGAGGACAAUGUUUUUGUGACUCCGCCCAAGAGUGCCUUUCCCCUACUUGGCCUUGAGAAGGCAAGAAUGGUUUGGCUGGACGAUUGGAGGUUCAAUGAGGAAAUUGUUUCUUGGGCGGUCCAACUCCUUUGGUUUGAAGGCGCCAGCUUUGUCAUUGCGAGGCCACAGAACCUCUACUCAGGACACCUUCGCUAUGUCAAGGAUGACCCACUCUUCAUAACCACACUGCAAUCAGACCUGCAUGCUUUGAAGGGGAAGCUGAAGCAAGGCGACUUGGACAUGAUGGUAAAACGCUUGAAAUUGUUUGAGUUCAAGCAGAAAGUUACAAUUCCCAGCCAUGUCGCCAAAGGCUGCGGCUCUUGUUUCGCCCAUUUCAUCUUGGGCCCAGGGCUGCAGACGCGCGUUUUGCGCUCUGAAGCUGCGAAAAGGGGGGCCACGCCUUCAGGUGAAACGCCCGAGCCCAAAAGAAUGAUGUGCUUGUCUUGGACUGUGGACGACGUCUGUACCUACAUUGCGGAUUUGGAGUUGGGGCAUGUUGUGGCGGCCUUUCGAGACAACGCAGUGGAUGGCCGCAUGCUGGCAUCUUUAUCUGAAACCGACCUAGUGUCUGAGCUGGGGUUGAAGCCUCUUCAGGUCUAUGUGGGUUGCAGGAAGAAGGUCCUGACCUCAAGCCGCUUUGAACAGCUCACCGGACGUGUGAUGGCGCCCAAGCGUCAGCGGGUUGAGGUCUUGUCCGCGGAAGCAGCCGCGCUCCAGCAACGGCGGGCAGUGCUGAAAGCGCAAAACAAAGAGCUCGCUAAGCAGCAGAAGCUGCUGCAAAAGCGGCGCCAAAGGUUGAUGCAGGUGCUCCUCAAGCGGGCGCUGCAGCCCUUCCUGUUGGCCUCGCUCCAGUUGUUGUCCCCCCUCCAGUUGUUGCUCCCGUUGUGGGUGCUGGACACGCUGUUGCUGUGGGUGGUGGUGAGGAUGAAGGAGCAAGAGCUGCUGCCGCAGUUGGGAUGGGUCAAAACGUUGCAGGCCAAUGUUUUUCUGUUCUGGUUACAAGCGGGAACAAGUGGCGUGGGGUCAUGGGUUGGCCCAAAUAUUGAACAGGUGUGGUGGAAGGAGAGAAUGAUGAUGUCCUGGAGUUUGAGAGCGUUGGAGGCACAAGACCUGUUGAAGAUCUGUGGUUUUGAAAUUUGUUCACUCCUCCAGCAGGUGAUGAUGAAGAGGGUGAUGAGGGUGCCGGCGCAGGACAUUGUUGCGCGAGAUAGAGGGCGCUAG